CGUUCUCUUCUCUUAUUUUAUAUGCUUCGACAAUUUCAGUUGUAGGAGCUAUGGGCUGCAUGCAUUUGAUUGCAGGGAUCUUGGGUAACGCUACGUCUUUGCUCCUAUAUGCAGCACCCAUAUUAACCUUUAGAAGGGUAAUAAGAAAGAGAAGCACAGAGGAGUUCUCCUGCGUCCCUUAUGUUGUUGCUCUCUUAAACUGUCUUCUUUAUACUUGGUAUGGUCUGCCAGUAGUUAGCGUCGAGUGGGAGAACUUCCCCGUGGUGACUAUCAACGGGCUAGGAAUUCUGCUCGAAUCAUCUUUCAUCAUAAUUUAUUUCGUGUUCGCAGCACCACGGACAAAGAUGAUGGUCAUUCUAAUGCUGGCUGCCGUGCUUCUCGUUUUCGGUGCCACGGCAUGCGUAUCGUCCUUCAAAUUUUCUAACCAUCAUCAUCGAAAAAUGUUCGUGGGAAGCGUUGGACUGGUAGCAUCUGUGUGCAUGUAUGGAUCCCCAUUGGUAGUCAUGAAACGUGUCAUACAGACAAAAAGUGUGGAGUUCAUGCCUUUCUACCUGUCACUCUUCUCCUUCUUAGCCAGUUCAUUAUGGAUGGCGUACGGGCUACUGGGGCGUGACUUGUUUCUAAUGGCUCCGAAUCUGGUAGGCAGUCCAUUAGGGCUGAUGCAACUUAUUUUGUACUGCAUGUACAAGAAGAACGACAGAAAGAAUGUUCAGGGCAGCAAGUUGGAUGUAGAAAAAGGAGCACAGUUACAGGCAGUGAACGGAGAAGGUGACUGCAACGCCGGGGAUAUGAAAUACAAAUACCCACCAGGGGUCCUAGAGAAAUAAUGCGCCCGCCUUCUGUCUCGCUUGGAAGAUAAUUGUUCGAGAAGGUUGUUAGUUGUUACCGAUAGACCUCUGAAGGUAUAAUAGCAGGUCCUGAAAUAUUUACCGAAAUUCAGUGUCUUAAUCUUGUUUCUGUCUGAGAAAUAAAGAGUGAAUUUAGUUCUAACGUCAUCUUCCAUUCAUAGAAAUCAUACUUGAAGCAUGGAAGCCAUGCGAAAGCCUGUAAUCAUUAUA